UGGGAUACAUGUCGGAUUUGGCUGUCAAAGCAGUUUAACUUUAAAUGAAAUAACCAUGAUUGGUUCGAACGUGUGAAAAAAGUUGCUAUAAAUGGAUCCAUACAUACGAAGUUUAGAUAGUAAUCAAGUUUCCGUGAUUUCAUUUAUAAAGAAGACAAACAUUCAUUCAAACAUAUCUUUUCUUUAUAUUUUAUCCUUUAUAUCUAUUAUUCAAUUGUGCCAGAAUUGGUAUGCAACGUCAUUUUAUUUCCCGUACUUCUUCCCUUCUCAACACUACUACUAGCUUAAACAAAUCAUUUCAAAGAGUAAAUCAUCACAAUGCUCCCUUCAAUGCCUUAACAUUCCUCGCUAAAUCUCGUUUUCAUUCUGGCGGACAAGCCAAUCCUUCUUAUACAAGUAAGAGUGUUCUGAUAAAGACAGUCUCUUCCGUCGCUGCUGUAUCUAUGGCAGCAUCCUACUAUCAUUAUUCUGUUACAAAUGAUAAGGAUGGAAAAGUAGUAGAAAGUACUUCUGCUCCUAUUUCAGCAUUCAGCAGUUCCACUUCUACAGGGACCAUUGCUCAAUUGCUUGAUGACAACAACCGUUCCGCCAUGCAAGCCAAAAGCACCCAAGAGCUUUUAUUGGGACUGUUUGUGUAUAAGUUGUGCACAUAUCCUUGGAUUGUAGAUGCUGCCCCUCAUAUAAUCAAGUUGGCAGAGACAUUGCAUCUCCAAACGCCUGUUUAUUGGUUUGUGAAGAACACGUUUUUCAGUCAAUUUUGCGGUGGUGAAACGGCCGAGGAAUGUGUCGCAACUAUGACCCGAUUAUCCCAAUCAGGUAUCAAUUGUAUUCUGGAUCUUAGCGUGGAAGCGGACUUGCACAUGGAUGAUGUAAAAAACGUGUCCGAUAAAGAGUCUCUUGGUAAAUACUGGCGUCAAGAACAAAAGGCAGAUGUUAUUUUAGAAAUGAUCAAGGAUUGUCUCAAGACAGCAGCGAAAGGUCAACAUGAAGAGUAUGCUACUAGUGGUGCUUUUGCAGCUGUCAAGGUUACCGCGUUUGCUCCCCCUGAAUUGUUACUUCGUGUAAAUCAAGUUAUGUUGUAUUUAGACCAAGCAUUUGAAAUGUAUCAAACAGACGGACGCGUAGACAGUGCAUGUUUGAAUCACGUAGUAAACCAAAUCUGCCCCACACCUUCAUCAAAUUUACAGCAGUUGCAACGAAUCCAAAUCUUGUCACACUUGCAAGAAAAUAAGGGUACAUUAGAUUAUGCAGAAUUUUCCAAGCUAUUUAAUUUAAGAGGAGUUGGCCGUGAGAUUUGGUGGGAAACAGAAGAUUCCAAGACGGAAAAAGAAGUAUUUUUAACCUGCGAUGAUUUGCAAGCUUAUGAUAGAAUGGUGAAUCGCUUAGAACAAGUUUGUCAAUUGGCACAUGAUGUUAGAGUGGGUGUUAUGGUGGAUGCUGAGCAGUCUUAUUUUCAAGAAGCUAUUGAUCAUGUUGCUAUGAAUUUGCAAGAAAAGUAUAAUCGUAGGGAUGAUACAGAUCACUCGCCGACAGUUUAUAAUACUUAUCAAAUGUAUACAAAGGCAGCUCAAAAGAAACUAGAGCGGGAUGUAGAGAGAGCUAAUCGUAAUAACUUUGCUUUUGCUGCCAAGUUAGUACGUGGGGCAUACAUGGUUUCGGAACGAAAGCGCGCCGAACAGAUGAGGUACCCAUCACCGAUUCACGACACUCUUGAAGACACUCAUGAUUCCUAUAAUAAUGGUGUUCGCUUUUUACUUAAAAAAUUGCAUCAUUAUCAAGAUACAACCGGUCAUGCUCUAACUGCUACAACUGCUCCGAUUGUAUUCAUGGUUGCUAGUCAUAACAGGGAAUCAACUAUUUUGACAGUCGAGGAGAUGGAAAAGCACCAUGUAUUACCGCGCUCUGGUGUAGUUCAUUUUGGUCAAUUAUUUGGAAUGCAGGACCAAAUAUCCUACACGCUGGGAAAAAACGGGUACUCUAUUUAUAAGUACUUACCUUACGGAAUGAUUGAUGAGGUUAUACCUUAUUUGCUCCGUCGUGCACAAGAGAACUCGGCAGUUUUAGGAGGUGUUAGCAAGGAACGUAUUUUGAUGUGGCAAGAAGUCAAGGAUAGAUUCUCAGAAGCAGCUGGUGAGGUUCAUACUCCUCUUGAAAGUACUUCAUCUAUAGAUUAUAGCUUAUCUGUGGAUGGCAAUACCAAUGGCAACACUACCGACGGAAUUUCUACCGAGACUGCUUAAUUGCAUUCGAUUGAAACUCCCAAAAUUUUGAUUUUACCCCAAUAUGUAUUUUCCUUCAUCCCCCUUUCGCUUAUUUGUAAAUAAA